AAUGGGUUACACCGCCUUCAAUUGAUGAAGGAACAUGGCGCCGUGCAUGGAGGUCCAGGAUAGAGUAGACAAGAAAACUUCGCUCUCCGCCGCGAUAAAAUAGCAAAGCAUUCACACAAUCGUUUUCAACGGACAGAAGACGGAAAAGGUACAUGUAUCCUCGCGAUGUAGUGAGGAAGCGGGUGCCCUUAAAACCGAUCUACCUCAUGAACUGUUCGAUAUACCGCGCACAUGGCCGCAUAUUCGGAUGCGAUCGCGGGAGAACAGAUGGUCUGCCCACUGUGUCUCAACCAGGCAGACGAUAUUCGCAUGUUACCAUGUUUGCAUUCGUUUUGUCGAAGGUGUUUGCAAAGGGCGAUCACUCGGGACCACUGUCCAUCUCCAACAUCGGGGGAACCCAAAGACAUUCUGGAGUGCCCAACUUGUGGCCAGUCAGUGACUUUGAAUUCCGCUGGGGUGGACACUUUCCCUUCCAAUCAAUUUAUAUCUAAUAUUUUUGAUGUCAUGGUUCCACAGCAAUCAGAAUAUGAAAAUGGAGAAACUGAGCGUGCAAUUACUGGGACUAGAUGGUGUAGUUCCUGUGAUGAAGGUAGCAAGGCUACGUCCGUGUGUAAAAAUUGUAACGAAUACUUGUGUGAUCACUGUGUCAAAGCCCAUCAACGUGUUAGAUUAACCAAAGACCAUUAUAUAGUACGCUUUGCCAUUGAGAACAUAGGCCUAUCUUUCCAUUCACCUCAGCCUCCCCAGCUACUCUCUCCUUCUCUUCAGUCCCCCUCCAUGCAACAUCAAAGCAUUACAGAUCGACAGAAUCAUCACUGUAGUAAACACGAACAAGAGGUGCUUCGUCUUUACUGCGACAGUUGUGCACAAGCAAUUUGCCGUGAAUGCACUAUGACGGAACAUGUUGGGCAUAGUUUCAUAUACCUCCAAGAUGCAAUAGAAAAUUCCAAAAUUGUUACACAAAGAUUACUUACUGAUGCAAAAACGGGUAUUAAAACACUAGAAGAAAGCAUAGAACUCACUCAGGGAAUGGCAGAACGGGUUGAAAUGCGAGCACAAGGUGUGGCAACUGAUGUUAGAAAUAUAGUUAGAAGACACAUGGCUGCACUGGAGGAACGAGAGCGGGAUUUGUUGCGGCGUGUGGAAAAAAUUCGUCAAGUCAAAGGGAAAUCACUCCAUUUACAAGUGGAUGACCUACGUCUUGGAUUGAGUUCUCUCAUGCAAACGGUGGAUGAAGUGGAAAACAUGAUACAUACGGGUAACGACUUAGACAUACUGAACACUCGAGACAAAAUGGUUGCUGAGAUGCAAAAUGUACGUAAAUUGAGAGGGCACCUCCAACCACAUGAAGAUGAUACGAUAUUAUUCACUCCACCAGAUCCAGCAUUGUUUAACGCUGUCAGUAAAAUGGGAAUCAUUACCAGCAGUGCUUAUGCUCCCAACUGCUUUGCAACUGGGGAUGGACUGAAAAAGGCUCUAAAAGGCAAAGGGGCAUUUUUUGUUAUCCAUACCAAAGACCAUCACGGAGAUCCAAGAAUUGUAGGUGGCGACCCUGUGGAAUGCAUUAUCCAAAGUUCAGAGGGAGCUCUUUAUCGAACAGAUGUUAUAGAUCGACAGAAUGGAACUUAUGCUGUUACUUACCGACCACAGCUUGAGGGACAGCAUAUCAUAUCAGUAGUCAUACGAGGAAAGCACAUUAAAGAUAGUCCCUUUGUUGUAAAUGUGCGAAGUGGUCGAAAUUAUAGUACGAUCGGAAAUCUAUUGCUUCAGUUUGGAUCAGAAGGAGAAGCUGAUGGCAUGCUUUGUCGCCCGUGGGGAGUGUGUUGUGACAAAGACGGAUUCAUCAUAGUAGCUGAUCGAAGCAACAACCGCAUUCAAAUUUUCAAACCAGACGGCCAGUAUCAUCGCAAGUUUGGUUCAUCUGGUACAAGGAACGGACAGUUCGAUCGUCCAGCAGGAGUGGCAGUAGAUCUCCACAACAGGAUAGUUGUGGCAGACAAGGAUAACCAUCGUAUACAGAUCUUUGACAUGGAUGGUAUCUUCAUAUUGAAGUUUGGAGAGAAAGGGAACAAAAAUGGGCAGUUCAAUUACCCUUGGGAUGUUGCUAUCAGUGUAGAGGGAAAACUGUUAGUUUCGGACACAAGAAACCACCGUGUGCAACUUUUCACACAAGACGGGCAAUUCAUCAACAAGUAUGGUUUCGAAGGAUCGUUGUGGAAGCACUUCGACUCUCCAAGAGGGGUUUGCUUCAACAACGAAGGUCAAAUGGUCGUGACAGACUUUAACAACCACAGACUUUUGGUGAUACAUCCUGAUUUUCAAACAGCACGAUUUCUUGGAACUGAAGGAAGUUCAAACGGACAGUUUCUGCGCCCACAAGGUGUAGCCGUAGAUCAAGAAGGAAACAUCAUUGUAGCUGAUUCCAAGAACCAUCGAGUGCAAAUUUUUCAGCCAAACGGAAAUUUUCUCUGCAAGUUUGGAACCAAUGGAACUGGACCGGGGCAGCUUGACAGACCCUCUGGAAUAUGUGUGUCUCCAGAAGGCCUUAUCAUUGUUGUGGAUUUCGGUAAUAAUCGUGUGCAGGUCUUCUAAGAAACCCAUUUUUCAUGGCUUUCUUCCUGUAAGGAAGAGCUUCAGUACUUUUUUCAUUAACUUGCUCAGGUCAGUCCAUUUUAUUUUGCUAUCUCAGGAUAUUCAUCGUUACAAUUGUAAAUGCCAAAGGCAAAUGUUUUAACACAUUUAAGCUCAGGGAUUUUGCUAUAUGUGUAUUAUACUGCAAAAAAUAUAACUGCUUGUGUGGAGAUUAUUUAUUAGCUUAUUUGCUUAGGUGUAUUUGACCCUCUGGGAAUAACCUGUAAGUACCUGCAUUGACCAUGAUUAAAUUAUCUGUAAUUAUAUAUAUGUAACACGUGUAGCUGGUUGUUUGUCAAUGUACUGUGUGUCAGUGAUAAUGCCUGCAAAGUUAUGCACUUUCUCCCUUGGUAAAUAAGUUUUAGGAACAGUGACGUUGGUCAACAUUUGGUCAGCAAAUAAGUGGUGUGGAUUGUAAUUUAUCAUGGGGUUAAAGGUCACAUCAGGUGGCGUUAGAAAAUGUGUAUUACUAUAUGGGAUAAUCAUUUUUAUGCCCAGGGGGAAACAUAUUUUUCAUAAGGUUGGAGUAACUUUGUGUUGCCUCCAUAGUGGUGUUUUUUUAAGGCUAUAGGCUUGUCUGCAGUGAUGUAAAAAUUGCAGUUCACACACACCAUUACGAGCCCUCACAGAGGGAUAUUGAUUUCUCUAAGCUGGUCAGAUUGUUAUGAUGUGUUUACAGUGGUUACUCUGCUAGCUGACCAUUGAGUAGUCAUGUAAUGUUACGUAAGGGGACAGAUGUGUAAUUUUAUCUUCAGUACUUGGCAGGAAUUAUUAGUCAGAUGUAUACACAAAAGGUUUUAUUAUAUCCUGUUUUAUUGCAUGUUUCCUAGAUCUUUAGAAAAUUGUCUGACAUGUAAAUAUUUUUUACUUUUUAAAAACAUAUUUUAUGUAUCUAAGAUUUCGUAGAGUAGAUAAGUCACAUUAAAAAAAGCCAAGAUCAAAUCGAACAUAGUUAUUAUCAAUCAGGUCAAAUUUAGGAUUAAAAAUUUAAAAUUCCAAUAUACAACGAAAAAAAACAAAGUGUAUCAAUGGUCAUUAGAAAUGAUUGAGCUAAGUUUACUAAAUUCUGAAAGAUAAAAUGUUGAAAUAUUGGUUAAUUUAAUUUCAAUAUUUUCUUUUAACGAAUUCCGAUUCCUCCAGUUAAUGUAUUAAAAGUAUUGAUUGAUCUGAUUGGUAGACGUGUUUGAUUUUACAAUUGUGGAGUGUAGAAUAUUUUCUGAGUUACUGUCCCUUUUACUUAUUUUGUGUAUUUCAAAAAUACAUUAAAAAUUUUAACCGGUGCAAGAUUCAGAUACAAAGUAUUAUGAAUCAUUAAAAAACCAGUGUUUUUACAAAGCAGGAUUUUUUUCUGCUUAGAAAAAAAAAAAAUCAAUUCAUUUUCAUAUAUUUAUUCUUGGGUUGGAUUGAUGAUAGAUUCAAGUGAAAUUUUCUUUCUUUUUUUCAUGUUACUCACUUUAUUGGGAAAAAUAUAUAUUCAAAGACAGAACAGAAUAUUAAAUGUAUAUUUCUAAAAAAGAGGAAAAUGUUGACCCACUGCCAAAGAAAAUAAAUUGUAAAAUAGAAUUAGGACAUAAGGUUAGAGUUGUUUAGAAAAUUUUUUGUAACGGAUUUAUGCACAAAAGAAAGAGAUCUUAGAUCUACACAAAAAUUCCUUUCAUAUUUUAUUGGUACUUGGUUGAAUUUUUAGGUGAAUACAUAAUUUUUGUGAAAUUGGGGGACUGUUUCUGAAGAAUAUUGUGCGUUUCUUUUUAUAUCUGUACUUGAGAACAUAUAAAACUGUGUAUGCUAAUUUUUGUCGGCCAUAUUACCAUUACACUUGACUAUUUAGUAUAUAAUAUUGUUAAUUAGUAAUGUUGUAGAACCAUAUCCGGUGAUUGAUUUUUGUAAUUCUCUUGAACUUGCUGUAUGAAUAGGGAAUUUCACAGAGUAUUAAGUAGCUCCAUUUUCAUUCUAGAAUAGAAUGUACUGAAGGAAAUUUCCUACCAUUUAUUUAGGUACUAGUGAAUUGAAACAUCUAAAUCGCUCAUUCGUGACUAACUACAGUCUCAAAAAUAUGCAUGAAAGACCAAAUUAUGUACAUUUUUGGUGUGAUUCUCUGCAUAAUUCCCAAACCAGUUGUAAAAGAUUUAUGUGAAUGGUUCCGAUUUUGUCCUUAUAAAAAAUUCUAGUACGAGUUGACUAUGUGACAUAGUGACAUAUAUAUGAAUUGAAUAGCUCUGUGAACAGUUCAACACAUACUUUCAGGAACUUUCCCAUUCAAAGGUUUUAAUCUGUAUACACUAAUUAUAAUACCUCAUGUGUUGAAAUAAAUUGUUGGAAAGAGUUUGGCAAAAAAUACCUCAUUUUUGACAUUUUUUGCGAAGCAAUAUACCGGUAUAUUAUAUAAUAAUUUUUAUGUCCUUUCAAUACGGAGAAAUGAAUUUUUUUUUCUCAGGCAUGUUCGGAAAAAAUGGGUCAGUGCAGAAAAUAUAUCAUUCAUUUCUUGUUCCUUUAUGUAAUAUUAAUAAAUGCUACACUAUAAAUCAAUCUUAUUUUGAGGUAAACUUUUACUAAUCAUAAUUGAAUGUCAAUUUGAAAAAUAGAGGGAUAGGAAAUAACCAAAUCUAAAUACUUAUCUAGUAUUAAAAAAAAAAAAAUUAUAUAUUGGUCAUUUGAAGUAGCUUAAAAAAAUCAUCUCUUAAUAUUGACCAGUGCUGGAAUUCAGGGUGAAAUUAGUUUGUUAUUUGGUGAAGACUGAUUAUAUAAAUCUGCUGCUGUAGUCUGUUGCUAGUGUCCUGUUAGUUAUGAAAUGUUGCUUAUGUGAUAACAUGUCAGUUUUGUAUUAACUCUGCUACCUCAUUUGUUCAUUAAAUCUAUCAUAAUUUUACAAACUGAAAUGCCUCUUCCAGUUUUGUUUGAAGAAUUCUACUAGAAUAUUUGACUGGUACUUUCAAUUUGGAAGUUGUCCAUUUUGUUGGUCACAUGUGCAGUAGCACUAUAGAACAGUUUCAUGACUUGUUUUCCCAGAAUGCAAUAAUCAUGAUGGCAGAAUGUUGGGAAAGAUUCACCAAAACCCUUUAUAUUUUAUGUCCCAUUUGCCUCACUCAGCCUGUUUUUAAAAAUUUUAUUGUUCUUGGAUGUCUCUCUAAAAUUAUUAACAUUUUUUAGCCUUAAUAACCCAGUUCAUAUAUUUGCUUUGUAAAUAAAAUGCAAGUCUUUUUUCAAUGCAUAUCAAUUAAUAUUUUUUUUGAACAGAACUUAAAAAAAUUUAAUUACAGGGUUUGUUUUUUUAAUUUUACUUUUACAAAGAAAUCAAAAUAUCCAAGCAAAUUCAGAACAAUGCUGCUAUUCUAAAUUUUAUGUGAAAUUAUUCAAAUUAUGUUUGCAAGGGAUUUUUUUUCAAUGUACAUGAAACAUUUCUGAGCUUAGAUUUGUUACUUUAUAUAUCAAAAAAGGUGUAUAUCACUGUAGUUGUAUAAUUCUUCUAGUUUGCAUGUUACCGUUAUCAAAAGAUGUUUUAUUUUGAUGGCAGUGGUAGAGAUAGUUUUGUAUUACAUGAUGUUUGUUCUUUGUUAAACAAUUGAAAUAUGGUUUAGAUAGUAUAAAAGGAAAGAGUACAAUGUUCACAGGGGUUAUUUGUGACAUUGAAAUGAAUUAUGGCCUUGUUAAAGAAACGGGUAUUAAAAAGUCGAGGAAUAAGAUGUAUAUAUUUAUAUUUACAGAAUUUCUUAGUUUGAUGUUUUGUUGCACUUUUUUUUAAUCUACUAGUUUUGUAGUUAUUCAAGGAACUGAAGGAUUAAGUUGUAUACUUUCAUUUCUCUCCCCCCCCCCCCCCCUAAAAAAGUCAAGUCAGGAGUGAAGAGGUGUGACAGAUGUGUAUUUAAUAUUACAAACCAUAGUUUAUAGCUUAAAUAGGCAGCCAUACAUGUUACAAAUUGCCAACUCCAUGUGUACUUUUUACGAAUUUGUUCAUAUAAUCCUGUUUUAUUCAAACCACAGGUUCAUAUUUUUGGAGAUUUAUGUUUAGUUUUUGGUCAUAGACCAGUUCCUUAUUUUUUUUUUAAGCAAAUAUGUGUGGUUCCAAAUUAAGAAAAAAAAAAUUAGUAAAAUGUGUAAGAUAUUUUUUGAUUUCUGUUUUUUCAUCACAGAAUGUAUCAUUUGUCUUAGCACAAGUUCAUGUAAUGUGAAUCAUUGUGUAACAAGCACAUCCUAUCAAAUUUUUUUUUGGUAGCAAACUUGAAUACUGAUUGAAAAUUUUCCUAAAACUUGUUUUAUGUUGUCUAACCAGUUUUUGGUACAAAGUAUAUUUGGCUUAGACAAGUUUGUGAAAGCAUUGGGCAUUUUGUAUUUUGUAGAAGGUGUUCAAUCCUAUUUUUUAUCCUUCAAAAGUCAGUUUUUACUUGCAUACAAUGCACAAGUGUGAACUAUUGAAACUUUUAUGUGCUUUUUUUACGUUUCAUAAAAUGAAGUAAAUAAUUUAACUCAGUGCUGCAAUAUACGCUUGUAUGUAAAAGUUCAUCUUGUAUUGUGUAGAACUCGAAAGUCUGCUAUGUAAAAGAAGAUAUUCCUCAAUUUCACUGCCUUCCAAAGUACAAAUUAGUGUUAGUGUGAAAUAAUGAAAAAGGAGAUUUUUUGUAAAAACUAUUACAGUUUAAAUUUUCACAAUACCAGCUUUUGUGGUGCUAUUUAUGAGAGGAACAUCUUCGAAGUGGUCAGGUCUUUCAUGUAGCGAGACAAAGAGUGUUUUUUGUCCACAAGCUUUUCUUUUUGUGUGUUAUCUAUGUGACAUGUCACAUUAAACAAUAAAUUUUAUUCUUCUUUACCAUCAAA